UUUGAGUACAGUGGCUGUGAGCUAAACGACUUUAUUUUAAAAUUUCUUCCAAUUUUUUUCAUCCAUAUUAUUUUUCGGAAUGUUGACUUCAUAAGAAGACAACAACAUGCCCUAUAGGAGAAGUAGUUGCAUGUCUAUAGAAUGAUUUGUUCAUGACUCUCGCGCUUUUAUUUUGCAGGCGACAUCAUCUCAACUUCCGGUCUUCCGGUGCUGUCUGCGGACGUCUUGACGCAGCUCCUCGGCUCGUCUGAAGCUGCUGCCUGGCUGCAGCAGGCGUGCUAUUUGCUGCAGCGGAGAGAGGCUCCUGAGCGAAAUGCCUUUUUGUCCGGCCGGCUGGGUGUUUGUUUCUCUGGUUGUGCUCCGCGACGGUCUGAUCGCAGCGUUCGUAGCCAUGCUCCGCGGUGGAUUCAGCGGGCUGGUCCUAGCUGCCUGAGCCGCUCCAGCAGCGGUGGGGUCCGGGCGCAGAGCGCUGCAGCAGCCGGGGGAUGAGGCCUACUGCUGCUCGUUAAAGCUCCCCCACCAACCAACCCCAUCCAGCGCGAUGGCUGAUGAGCAACAACAACAACCUGGUCAGAAGCCUGCCUCGGGAUUAGGCUCCCUCCCAGCGCUCGUGCCAGGACUCCAAGGGCCCGAGGCGAACGCGCUACAGUUCAAAAUAAAGAAUUCCAUUUGCAAAUCUGUACAAUCAAAAGUGGACAGCAUAUUGCAAGAUGUUGAGAAGUUUACAGACAUUGAAAAACUCUACCUCUACCUUAAGUUGCCUUCUGGUCCCAGCAGUGGCAAUGAUAAAAGAGAGGGGGGGUUCUCUGCUGCUGGAUUAUGCGACCAGAGUUCUAUGUCGUCAAGCCGUACUCAACAGAUGUAUGCAUUCAACUGGAUCCGCAAUCACCUAGAGGAGCACCCAGAGACGUCCCUCCCCAAGCAAGAGGUUUAUGAUGAAUACAAGAGCUACUGUGACAAUCUCGGCUACAAUCCACUGAGUGCUGCAGACUUUGGGAAGAUCAUGAAGAAUGUUUUUCCUAACAUGAAGGCGCGUCGUCUGGGCAUGAGGGGCAAAUCCAAAUACUGUUAUAGCGGGUUGAGAAAGAAAGCAUUUGUUCACAUGCCAUCCCUACCCAACCUAGAUCUGCAGAAAUCUGGUGACGGGUGCGAGCUGAUGGAACCGACGGGUCAAUCUCCCAGCGCAGAGGAUGAAAUGAGGUCUGCAGCGUGUGGACUGGUGUGUGAGUGGGCUCAAAAGGUCCUGAGUCGUCAGUUUGACAACGUGGAGGACCUGGCUCGCUUCCUGCUCAAUAGUCACUACAUUGGUACAAAGUCCAUGGCUGCACUCACUGUUAUGACUGGAACACCCACAGGAAUGAAGACCCCAACUCCAGCCUCUGCCUUUGUGCCCACCGCUGAGGCCAACUCAUUCCAGCCGCAGGUGAAGACCCUGCCGUCUCCCUCUGUUGAUGCAAAGCAGCAAUUACAACGCAAAAUCCACAAGAAGCAGCAGGAGCAGAAGCUGCACUCCCCACUUCCAACGGAGACCCAGGUCAAGCGAACAGAGGCCAGUACCCCUGGACCCACCAUCCCCUGCGGCAGCCCCGCUCUGCUCUCCCCGCAGCCCACCAUAGGAAUUGUUGUAGCAGCUGUCCCCAGCCCGGUCACGGUCCAGAGAAGCAGGCAGAUAAUGACCUCCCCCAGCCCCGUGGGGACGGCCGAAGGAAAAGUGUUGCCCGUGAACUUUCAAGUCGUCACUCAGUCCCUCAAACAAUCCCCUAAAACUCCUCAGAACAUCCCGGCUAGUCCUGUAGGUGACCGGCUGGCACGGCACGGGACGCGGUACGCCCAGAUCCUUCCCAAGCCCUCCGCCACCAGUGCCAUCACGCUGCGCUCUCCGCCCACCCUGCUCAUCACCAACAGCCCCAUAAAAACCGUGAUGCCCUCCCCUCACGUCAGCUCGGUCAACGUCGUGAAGAUGACGGCCAUCGCUCUGGCUCCCAGCAGCGGCAGCAGCACGACCGUGCGACCGGCCUCGACGGGCAUGAGCACCCUGGCCACGUCGGACGAGUCCCCGCCGUCGCAGGCUGGAGGCUCAGCCGCCUCCCAGUCUCCCGCAGUCAAACUCAGCGCAGCGAACUCCACCCCGAUCGUCUCUGCAGACACCAAAGGGGCAUCCGAAGCAGGAAACGACAACAGCUCCACGUCUGCCGCAGAGAAGCACGUCAGUGGAGCCAAAUUUAGGGCUGCGAGUGAGCCCAGCUUCCUUGUUAAGUGUUCUCCAGGGUCAGAUAAAGUGGUUAGGAUGAAAAUUGACUCCACGUCUCUUCACACCGGGACUCAGGACAGCAAUAAUAGUAACUGCCAUGACAGUACUUUGUACUUGACUGUUGAUAAUCAGAACUCCGUCGGCAACUCGUCGUCAAAUGGCUCGUCUGCUGUUACCCCAACGUCGAAGGAUCCCUGCUCAGAUGCCAAGAGCCCCAGGAAACGCACGGCUGGGGAAUCCCACGUCAUCCCCGUUAAGAGGGUGUUCAUCUCCCAGCAGCCGCUCGCUGUAGUCGACAGUCCCAAAGCUGGGGUCAGUGCUGCGGUGAAGAGGAUUCCCCGACCAGGAACCCCUGCCAGACCAGAGAGUGCCCCCUGCAAAGGGACUGCAAAACAUACACCUACAGGGCCCACACAGAUCCUGGCACUCACCGACGCGCCGCUCACUCACACAGAGGGAACACAGACUGUCGUCAAACAGCGGGACAUGCUGGUGAAGCAUGAAGACCUCUCCAUCUGCGUGGACACUACGGUUGGAGCAGUGGGGAGCAACGCGUCUGAUCAGGCUUUGCUGCAGCAGAUCACCGGGGACCCUCGUGCCAUACCAGCCAACUCAGGACCGCACGAAGCCUCUGCGAGCGAGCUAAAGAGCACAAUGUGGGAGACGCAGCAGAUGCCAGCAGAACACAAACAAGCCUCUUCCGACCAACUUUCCAUGAUAGCUCAACCUUCCGAGGCCCCGGACCAGCUCUCCCUCGCACAGGAGAUGGUUGACUUUGCAGGCUCCCAGUCCAACAUGGACUACUUCCCGUUCAACGACGACGACAUGACCCAGGACAGCAUAGUGGAAGAGCUGGUCCAGAUGGAGGAGCAGAUGAAGCUGAAGGGCCUGUUUGGUAACUGCGUGGAUGUGUCCCUUCAGGGUCAGCCGGCCAACGGUCAGGGCUCCAUCCUCGGCGCUCAUCAAGCCAGCUCCACCUUUUACCACUCCGCCCACAGCAGCACCACUCCUGUUCAAACUCCCACUCCGACGCCAACGCCGACCCCUACGCCGACGCCCACCUCUGAAAUGACACUGGCGCACAACCUGACAAGAGAGAGCCCCUGCUCCCGUAUGGCCCCCAUCACCCCCGUGGACGGAGCUAUGGGUCGUCACACUCCAAUCAGCACACCGCUGUCCAACUGCAGCAGCAGUGUUCCUCCGAGCCCAGUGGAGUGCAGGAACCCUUUUGCUUUCACUCCCAUUAACUCCAGCAUCACGGGGUACCACGAUGCCAGCAUCGUUUCCAGCAGCCCCGUUAAGCCAAUGCAGAGGCCCAUGGCAACACACCCUGACAAAGCCAAACUGGAGUGGAUCAACAACCGCUACAACAGCACCGCUGCUGGUCCUCUGUCCAACCACAGCAUUGGCAUUCUGCCAAGCUACCAAGACCUGGUAGAUGAUCAGUUUCGUAAGCCUCAUGCAUUUGCAAUUCCUGGCCAGUCAUUUCAGUCUCAGUCGAGACAAGAUGCUGCUCACUUUGGCCGCUUAACGCCCAUCUCUCCAGUCCAGCAGCAGCAGCAGCAGCAGAUUACCCGUGUAACUACUCCGACCAAACAGGAGAGUUUUGCAGUGCCUGCACCGUUAGACAACAAAGCUUCAACCUCAUCCGCGUCCAGUACUUUCCGCUGCCGCAGCGUUAGCCCCGCAGUGCGGCAGAGGAACUUCAGCGGCAACACCGGUCCUCCAACCACCACCGCGAGCACCACCACCACCACUCGAGCCGUGGUCUCACCCUUCAACUCCCCCGUCACAUCUGAGGUGCUCAACAUCCUGUCCAGCAGUCAGGCGGUCGGCUCCGUCCACAGCAUGGUCCAGCGCAGUCAGUCCGUGCCUCUGAACAUCAUGAUGGCCAGCGAGAUGCUGCCCGUGCAGGGUCAGAGCAACGCGUCCAAGAUCACCAACGUCCUGCUCAGCAAGAUGGAGGCAGACGGAGACGAUUCGGUGCGCGGCCUGGGCAUCAACAACCUCCCCUCCAACUACACGGCCCGUAUGAACCUCACGCAGAUCCUGGAGACGACACCCAGCUUCGCCGGAGGGACCGCUCACCAGGCCCAGCUGCCUGUCGGCUCCAGCCCUGCUGCCUUUGAGCUCCAGCAGCACGGCUACCUCACCACGAGCAGCGGAGAACAGGGGAAUUUCUCCACUGGGGACGGCCAAGCACAAAUGGGUGCUGGUGAGCAAGACCAGCAGCAGCAGCUCCAGGAGGAUCCGGCGCAGACACAACCACAGCUCCUCCUUCAGAGCACACAGCAGCAGGAGGUGGAGGACGAGCAGCAGCAGAUUGAUUUCAACAACACCGUCAAGGACUUGCUGGGGGAGGAUAGCCUCAAUCCCAGUUCUCAGCUGGUAGGUCAGGUAGCUUCGGAGCUCAACGCCGUGGCGUCUGACUUCUCCAACGACAUCAGACUGACCUCAGAUCUGUCCAGUAGCAUCACUGACCUUAAUACAUUGGACCCCAACUUGCUGUUCGAUCCCAAUCAGCAGCAGGAACAAUAUGAAGACUCAACACUGGAAGAACUGAAGAACGACCCGCUUUUUCAGCAGAUAUGCAGUGAUACUGUGAACUCUGGCUUUGACUGGCUAGAAAGCAAAGACCAGCCUACUACAGUAGAGAUGCUGGGUUAAAUUUUACUUUGUACAAUUUCUGUUCUCUGUCGUUUGGUUCGGUGCAUAUGUAUUAUAUCUGUUUUUAAAACCACAGUUCGUUGGGAUUUGUCUGGACUUUGCCGUUCGUUCAGUUUUUAAAAGUGCCAGGCUUACCAGAAAAUCUCUCCCGCUGAUGUUUAUUGACUUAACUUCCCUUAACAUUAUGUCACCAAAAAUGUUCAGUAUUUACCACUCAUUCUACUCCCCACCCCCUACCUAAAAUAAAACAAACAAAAGCAUUUCAAGCAAAGAGUGUGAGCUCUCGGUGGCAGCAGACACUUGAAAGAGCAUUUCUGUGCUAUGAACAUUCUCUGAAAAGUAACAUUCAAUAAUGCAAUAUUUAUACCGUACGAACAACUGAGGAAGGUGGGAUGGUUUGAAAAUCUGGCACAAAAUACUUCACCAAAAAACAACAACAAACAAACCAUAUGCUGUUGUACUUUUUUCAAUGCGUGCAGUUCAACCAAAUGGAGACAAUAUUGGUAUUUGUAGUAUAUGCACAUAAUAGAUGUAGUAUGUUCGUCUGCCAUAUCGAAAUAUUACAAGGGUAGCAUCUUAAGCUCCCAGGUGCUGAUUUUCUGACAUAAUCUUUAUACUUUUAUCAUAUGCUAAAUCAGUGGAAAAAAACUGAUUCACAUCUGAGCUUUUGUCUGAGAGUAAAGUUUCUCAAAGCCUAUACUUCUUGCACUGUUUAAUAUCUUACAAUGGGAGUAUAUGAGUCCUUGUGGAGACGAUGGAGAUGUGGGCCACUUUUUUUUCUUUUGGAUUGCUCUUUGAAAGAAAUCAACAACUGGCUGCCUUAUUCUCAGCGUCUAAGGCCUUACGCCACCUUAAGAGAAACUGUAUAUAGUAAAGUGUUUUAAGAUAUCCAGAGCUUCGUGUUUUAAGGCAGCUGUUACUCUGAUAUUUUCUGUACUUAUUAUUUUUGUUUUGUUACGAUUCAAACACGUUUCGUGUACUGUGUGCCCUUGACAUUCAUUCAUUUCGAGAAACUGACCACGCUUUGAUUUCUUGAAAACUCCUCAACAGGCACACUGCAGUCAUGAGAUUUUUUUUUCUUUUUUUGUACUUUUUUCUGUGCAUUUAUUGAUUCAAAUUUUCAUGGCAUGCUAACCCCCCACCCCCACCCCCGGCUUGAAUCCGUAAAAAUUGACGGUAUGGAGAAGGCGUUGCUGUGAGGGAAAACCUAAAGGUCAGCACUGUUCUGCUUUGACGCCAUCUUGAGAUCAAGAGGGAAAUUUUUGUUCGCAGACAUCCAGCCUUACGUCCAUACCAAAGACGACCUGUUUGAGAAACAAGAGCUUAUCACAUGUAGAAACACUCCUAGUCGAUAUUAACAACAACAGGAAGUGAGCAGCCUCAAAAGAUAAAGGAAAUUUAAAAAAAUAAAAUAGUGAAAAGCUACGGAUUAAGUUGCGUGAAUCUUAUGUACAGUUUGUAAAUUUGUGAAAUGGUCGCCGUCCUAUGUUUUCUAAGUAACCAUGGACCUGAAAGCAUGUUGAAACCAUCACUGAUAGCCAGGUAGGCUAUGUGAUAACAGUAGGAUGCUUGCUCGAGUUUUUGGCUAUUCGUCAAUGUUGUAAAAGUCAUGUUUAAGCUCCAUCUGUAAAUAGGAUAGAAACAUAGAGAUUUGAUGUAUCAAAACACUAUAUUAUGGCCAUUAUCUAGCUAAGUAUGUGCCAUCGAAAAGAGAAGAAGAAGAAAAAAAGCUUAACAGAUUAUAGUUGGCAAGAUACUGUAUGUUGUGUGUUACAUUUCUGGCUCAGUGUGUCGUAACAGUAAAGCUGUCUGGUCUCGCUUGCUGAUUUUACUUUUGAACGUUUUUUCCCCAAUAUAUAUAAAUAUAUAUAAAUCUAAAUAUAUAUACUCAGAGGUAAUAGGACUCUGCAGUUGCAGAAGUGAUGUGUGCUGUGAGCAGGAUCAAUAGCAUGGAGAAUUUUUUUUUUUUUCAAAAAAAGUUGUGAAACUGUUAGCUGGUUGCAGACAUCUCUGUGACAUUGUGCUCAAAAGUCUUAUCAGCAGACACUGGAUUAAAAGAAAAAGAAAUGUUUCAACAAACUUUGGAGGUUCACCUAUAUAUUGCACUAAAUUUUUACGACACAUGGCUUUGACACAUCUUUAUGGACAAAAAAUAGAAUGAUGGAUGCCCAGGAGAUAAAAGAGAGAGGGGGGAAGAAAAAAGAAUAUUUUUUAUGAAAAUACGAGUAAGGAAACUUAAGUGUCAGAAAAUGACUUAAUUGUCUUGUAGCAAAAUGUGCAUUAAUCUCAGUGAGAUACACAUUUCUUACUCAUUCUCAUACAUGAGAAUACAAAGCAUUGAGGGGGAAAAAGUUAAAUGACCUUUUAAAACCUACAUGCUCAUUAUGUUGAUAAAAUGAUUGUAUGCACGCAUGUGUGAAUACUUCUGUUGUACUUUGUAAUCUUGGUAACCACUGUCUUCUGUGAUUUGGGCAGGUUCUGUUGACCAUACUGGCAGUGCUAGUUUCAUAAGUUACAUUAAUGUAUGUGAGUGUGUGUGUGUGUGUGUGUGUGUGUGUUGUUUACUAAGUUAAUGUUUUUAUAUUUUAUGUUUUUGGCAACUUGUUCAUAUUUUGAGAAAAAAAUGCAUUUGUGGAAGAAAAAAGUAUCGUUUUCUCUUCGUUUUUCUUUACCAUUAUGAGUGAUAUUUAAAUUUGAAUGAAGGAAACGCACCUCUUUAUGAUUACAGCAGCUCCAUCAGUGGCUCUGAUUCUUUACCUUUUACUGACCCGACUCUGUUUUGACUAUCUCGUCUAUUUCUACCAGUAGAAGAAGAAAAAAACCUCCUCUGUGUUGUUGUCUGGUGUUCUGCUUAAUGUACAGUAGCUUGUUAAUAUUGCAAACGCGUUGUUCCUUUUUCUUUCUUUCUUUUUUUUUCAAUGGAAAGUACUCACUGGUGAGAUUUUUAAAGUGGUUUUAAAAGCCAAUAAACUUUUUUUAAAGAAUGA